AUGCGCUCGCCGUCGCUUGCUGAGAAGAUAGCCUUCUUUGAAGUGCUAGAUUCUCUGGAUCAGGAAAGUUCCGAGGAACAAGAUGUCGACGAAGAGGAACAUCGAGCCAAAUGCCGCGCUUUUUUCAACGCCAGAAAGAACUCGGUCUCAACCAGGAAGAAGGCACCAUCUCAGUUACAGCGGACAGCAUCCGCUCCUACCCCAUAUACAACCACGCCGGAUUCUGGAGUCGUUGAAGCUACUCCUUCGACUCGAGAUCUAGCAGCGAGGAAAGCGCUUCUGUUUAAAGGAGACACCACUUCAUUUGUCGAGGAGACGCCAGUUCCAGACACUGCUCGUCCAUCCCAUCCUAUGCUUCGGAGAAGUGCGACACACCCAUCUUCAUCCGUUGACCAGUCACCCUCGGCAAGCUCUGCCAUGAGGAAGCGAAAGCGUCAGUCAUCAGCGAUGUCUGUGCCAGAAGCCGAGCAGAUCUUUCGCGGCCUUUCCUUUUAUUACAUUCCGAAUAAUGACAUUGCACCUGCCAGAAAACUGCGUAUUAGGAAGGCCCAAGAGUUUGGCGCUCAGUGGGUACGGAGCUUGGAUGGUGCAAGCCAUGUCAUUGUUGACAAGGCUUUGACAUACAAAGAUGUUCAACCCAUCCUCAGCUCAACCUUGGCGGACGCUCCGAUUGUUGUCAACGAGGAGUAUCCUAUCGACUGCAUCUCCUUCCGGACGCUGCUCAACCCGCACCAGAAUCGAUACCGAGUCCCCGGCGGGCCCCUUCCGGCACAGGAGGGCACCGGGCAGGGCAUUAACGCCUCACCACAAAAUUCAGACCGUUCAUUGCAGGUAAAACAACCUCGGGUAUCUAGGAAGAGGGAGAAUACCACUCCUGAGGCGACACCAUCUGAAGGAGGACAGUCUUUCCAGCACGAAGCCAGGAACGUGCAGCAAGCUGUUAGUGAUCGGCCCUUGCCUACGCCAAAGCCUACAAGCUCCUGUGACAUUAUUGCGCGAACUUGCCAGCCCAGUCUGCCAGAGCAAGGAGGCAAGCCAACUUCCAACGCGCUUCAUAGUCCACAGCCCACAUCAGGCGCCAGGGAUGAGUUGUCAGAGUACAUUGAACUCAUGCAACAGUAUAAGGACCUCCCUCUGGACCUAGAAGAGGAUGAUCUGGAGUCUGUCAAGGACACCCCCGAAAUGGUAUCCGACUCCGAGGCAGAAGCAAGGUCAGAGGAUGAGCGAGCCAAAAGGCGACCGGCCGGUGGAACCCGCCGGACUGCGCAUAAGGAGAUUGCCUUCGAGGACCGUUUCGCGUGCAGCCGUGGUGGCACAAGAGACAUGGCCAUCAACGCACAGAAUCCCAACGCUCGAACUAUAGAAGUUCUCCAGAGCAUGUGCGACUACUACACGCGCAUCAAUGACCACUGGCGGACUACCGCCUACCGCAAGGCCAUAACCACCCUUCGCCGGCAGCCGACCAAGAUUACAAACGAGGAGGAAGCCUACCGCCUGCCCAACAUCGGCCGCCGUCUUGCCUCUAAGAUCGAGGAAAUUGUCUCGACCAACAAACUCCGACGCCUGGAAUAUGCCAACGACGAGCCCCUCGACCACGGUCUCGAAACCUUCCUCAAGAUCUACGACGUCGGCACGAGCCGCGCAAACAAGUGGAUCGCUCAGGGCUUCCGUACGCUCGACGACCUUCGCACCAAAGCCGACCUGACCCCCAACCAGCGCCUCGGCAUCGAGCACUACGACGACCUCAACACGCGCAUCCCCCGCGCCGAAGUCGCCGCGCUCGGGGAAUAUGUCAAACGCGAGGCGGCACGGGUCGACGCCGCCGUGGAGCUGCUCAUCGGCGGCAGCUACCGGCGGGGGUCGGACAGUUCGAGCGACAUCGACAUAAUUGUUACUAAAAAGGGCACCAACUCGGUCGAUGAGUUGGUGCCCUUCUUGGAGGAACUGAUCGACGUGCUGACGCGGCAGGGGUUUUUGGUUGCUACCCUCGCGGCAUUGCACUCCCGGCGCACGGGAAAGGACGGGCCCGGAAGCAAAUGGCAUGGGUGUUGCCCGAUCUGGCGACGCAUUGAUUUCCUCCUGGUGCCUGAGUCCGAGUACGGUGCGGCGCUGAUCUACUUUACCGGAAAUGAUAUCUUUAAUCGGAGUAUGCGACUGCUGGCGUCGAAAAAGGGGAUGCGGUUGAACCAACGGGGAUUGUACAAGGAGGUGAUGGCUGGAAAGGAAAGGGGCAAGCUCAAGGUCACGGCUGGAGAGUUGUUGGAGGGGAGAGACGAGCGGAGGAUAUUUGAGCUGCUCGGUGUCAAGUGGCGGGAGCCUUGGGAAAGGUGGUGCUGA